AAUGACGAAUGAGAAGAGUCCCAUGUAGUUCACGAAAUCGAAACAGAAGGAAAUUAGGCUGUGCGUAAGGACCGCGCCACGUCCCCAAAUCUGGUGCUACAUUUUAUGUGCCAGCUAUUCCAGACUCACAGUAAAGCCUGCAGUUGGUGGACCUAAUGAAUUACGUAGCACAACUUAAUACGUAUGGACAACAGAAACAUGUCAAGGUGCAAUAUGAAGAAAAGGCUAAUGGUCCGGAUCAUACUAAAACGUUUACUGCACGAGCUAUUGUGAAAGGCCAGCGGUAUCCAGAGGGAGUUGGAAAAACUAAGAGAGAUGCCAAGGAAAAUGCUGCCCUUAAGGCCUUGGGAAUGCUGCCGCACACAGAGAGCAGUGGCUUUAGUUCUUCCCCAGCCAAAAUUGUGCAACGCAAUUAUCAGUGCUGGCUCAAUGAACACAGCCAGAAGACUGGGGUGACCUAUAAGCCUAUUGAAUCGACAAGAGAGGGCGCAGCCAGUGCACCAUUUUGCUGCAAGUAUGUUUCUACUAAUGGUGAAUCAUACCCCGAGGCUUAUGGGAAAUCAAAGCAGGGAGCAAAAGAGGAAGCUGCACAACUUGCCUACCUGGCCCUGGGCCUGCGAUCAAAAUCCUGUUUUGGUGUAAGCUCCAGUCAAGAUCAGAUGCGGGCAUCCUCUGUGAAAAGCACCCUGAAAACCAGCACUGCAGGAGGAAGGCACAGAUCUGCUCCGACCCCAGCCAUCCCAGCCGCAGUCUUUUCACACACGCCCAAUCUGGCAGGAGGCAAAAGUGCAUCUACACCCGUGCCUGCAGAUUUGAACUUCUUCAACAAGCAUAAGGCUGAGCUGGAGACUCGACUAUCCACCGCUUCUGUUCUCAUCCAGCUGGAGAAGUGUGGCAUUCUGAAUGCUGUGGAGAGGGAGACAGUGGAGGCUGAAAGAAUUAGCGUCUCUCAGAAUCAUGCUCUGAUCGUCAUGCUCAAUAGGAAAGGAACAGAAGCUCAGGAGAAGUUUUAUGAUAUUUUAAAGGAAGCUGACCCCUUCCUUGUGAAAGAUCUUGAAAAAGGAUUUUGCACAUCAUAGGAGAAUAUAGCAUCUAGAAGAUCUCAGGAAAAUAGACACAUUUUAUGACACAUUGCUAAUGUAUUUUUACCCUUGACUCUUUUUUAUCUAGAUGAAUUUGAUGAUCUACAAUAAUAUUGUGCUUAUGUAGGAUAAUCAACUGUUUUUCUGUAUUUGGAUACUUCAAUAAUUAUGUAUGCUAUUUUCAAUAAAUGUGGAGGAAA